UCUAGAAUCUGCGCAAUGAUAAACAGUAUGCUGAGGCUCUCUCCCUCCUCUGACCCCAAGCUCCUCUUCAGAUACACCACCAACUCCUCCAGUGUUGACCGCUUCGCCUUCAACUUCAAGCCCCACCACCUCCCCCAACGCCGCCGUUCCAACCACCUCCUCCGCCCACAAUCAAUCCCUAAUUUCACCCUCCGCAGCUCCCUCCAGACCUCCGCCGACGCCGCGGCGCCGCUUCAGCAAGUCCAGAAUGAUCCACCCGCCGAGGCAUCGGUGCUGCUCGAUGUCUCCGGGAUGAUGUGCGGCGGCUGCGUCUCGCGAGUCAAAUCUAUUCUCUCCGCCGACGACCGAGUCGACUCGGUGGCGGUCAACUUGCUGACCGAGACGGCGGCGAUCAAGCUGAGGCCGGAGGUCGCCGCCGAUGUCGCGGCGGAGAGCCUGGCGGGGAGGCUGACGGAGUGCGGAUUCGCUUCCAAGAGGAGGGCUUCCGGGAUGGGAGUGUCGGAGAGCGUGAGGAAGUGGAAGGAGACGGUGAAUAAGAAGGAGGAGAUGCUGGUGAAGAGCAGGAACAGAGUGAUUUUAGCUUGGACUUUAGUGGCAUUGUGCUGCGGAUCGCAUGCUUCUCACAUUUUGCAUUCUCUUGGAAUUCAUGCUGCUCAUGGAUCGUUUUGGGAGCUGCUGCAUAAUUCGUAUGUGAAGGCGGGUUUAGCUACCGGAGCUUUGUUGGGACCUGGCCGAGACUUGCUUUUUGAUGGUCUGAGAGCCUUAAAGAAAGGAUCACCAAAUAUGAAUUCUCUUGUGGGAUUCGGAUCCCUUGCUGCUUUUACAAUUAGUGCGGUCUCUCUUCUCAACCCUGGGCUUCAAUGGGAUGCGGCGUUCUUCGAUGAGCCGGUCAUGCUUCUUGGUUUUGUGCUCCUAGGACGUUCUCUUGAGGAGAGGGCAAGGAUCAUGGCAUCUAGUGAUAUGAAUGAACUCUUGUCGCUGAUAAACACACAAGCAAGACUCGUAAUUGGUUCCUCGGAAAAUGAUUCCUCCAGCAACAGUGUACUUUUCUCUGAUGCAAUUUGCGUUGAAGUCCCAACUGAUGAUAUUCUAGUUGGAGACUCUGUGUUGGUUUUGCCAGGAGAAACCAUACCUGUGGAUGGAAGAGUUGUGGCUGGAAGAAGUGUUGUCGACGAAUCCAUGCUCACAGGAGAAUCACUUCCUGUAUUCAAGGAAAAAGACCUUACUGUCUCAGCUGGAACAAUAAACUGGGAUGGUCCUCUGCGGGUUGAAGCAUCUUCAACUGGUUCCAAUUCAAUGAUAUCCAAGAUCGUUCGCAUGGUUGAGGAUGCUCAAGGACAUGAAGCGCCCAUACAAAGGCUUGCUGAUUCAAUAGCCGGACCUUUUGUAUACAGUAUAAUGACUCUAUCAGCUACAACAUUUGCUUUUUGGUACUACUUUGGAACACAAAUUUUUCCAGAUGUUUUGCUCAACGAUAUUGCUGGGCCAGAUGGAGAUCCAUUGCUGUUGAGCUUGAAACUUGCUGUUGAUGUCUUGGUUGUUUCUUGCCCUUGUGCACUGGGUCUUGCCACACCUACAGCAAUCCUAGUUGGGACUUCACUCGGAGCAAGGCAGGGACUCCUUGUGAGAGGAGCAGAUGUGCUUGAACGCUUAGCCAGCGUAGAUUAUAUUGCUUUAGAUAAGACAGGAACUCUUACAGAAGGAAAACCUGCUGUUUCUGGUAUUGCAUCUUCCAUGUAUGAAGAGUCCGAAAUUCUUCAAAUUGCUGCUGCAGUGGAGAAUACAGCAUCACAUCCAAUUGCAAGGGCUAUCUUAAAUAAAGCAAAAUCAUUGAACAUGAGUAUACCAGUCACAAGAAGGCAAUUAACAGAACCAGGUUUUGGAACUUUAGCAGAAGUAGAUGGCCGAUUGGUUGCAGUUGGUAGCUUGGAAUGGGUCCAUCAACGGUUCCAGGCAAAAGCCAAUGUGUCUGAUCUUUCGAAUCUAGAACAUACAGUGCGCCAAUCAUCAGAAGGCAUAACACCUUCAAGUUAUUCAAAAACGAUUGUAUAUGUUGGUCGUGAAGGAGAAGGCAUCAUCGGUGCUAUCGCAAUAUCUGAUAGCCUGCGUCAUGAUGCUGAGUAUACUGUAAAUAGACUCCAGCAAAAGGGUAUCAGAACUGUCCUCUUUUCCGGAGACAGGGAAGAGGCAGUUGCAACUAUAGCGAAAGCUGUUGGAAUAGAAAAUGAAUUUGUCAAGUCCUCAUUGACUCCACAGGGAAAAUCUGGAGCUAUUUCUAGUCUUAAAGAUGCAGGACAUCACGUUGCAAUGGUUGGCGAUGGCAUAAAUGACGCACCAUCUUUGGCACUUGCGGAUGUUGGGAUUGCUUUUCAGAUUGAGGGGCAAGAAAAUGCCGCUUCAAAUGCUGCAUCUAUUAUACUUCUCGGAAACAAAUUAUCUCAAGUUGUAGACGCCCUGGAACUGUCACAGGCAACAAUGGCAAAAGUGUAUCAAAAUUUAUCUUGGGCAAUCGCAUAUAACUUAUUUGCCAUCCCCAUUGCUGCCGGAGUACUGCUUCCUCAAUAUGAUUUUGCCAUGACACCAUCACUCUCCGGCGGGAUGAUGGCCUUGAGCUCAAUAUUUGUAGUUUCCAAUUCAUUGCUUCUACAGCUCCAUAAAUCCAACGGGAGUAAAAAGAGUUAGCUAAGCUAGCGCUGCAGAUGCCGGUCUGUCCAAGACUUCAAGUUGAAUAAUCUGGUUCGUGUAAUUCAUUUUCCUAUUGAUGGUCGGCUCAACUAAACAGGAAAGCUAUUGCUUCUUUAUUGUGUCGUACCCGAAUCUAUGUAAUUGAUAAUAUUUCCUAUACAGUAUCAAUAAAGCCCGCCAGAAUCUAGAAAACA